GCCCGGGAACCGCCACCAAGUUGUGCUGGGACUUGGCCCACGGAGGCCGUGGAAGUCCCGGCUGUGGUAGAAGCUGUGCGCGAUGCAGACCUCCCCGAUUUGGCACCGACGAUGCCAGCAACCGUGGCUGAGUCUCAGAUGGUACCGGAGCCGGAGCAUGGAGAUUCGAUGCCCCACGGUUCCAAAGUCGAGCCGGUGGCUUCCACCCAUGUUCCGAGUCAAGAUCUCCGCCAGGAGGCGCCCUUGGAGGUCCAGGAAGCAGGACAUCAGCAGCCCACAGACGAGCCAGCCGUCAGUGGGCCUGGCGGGGAAGUGGCACAGAAAACCGAGGCAUCCACAGCACUCCCCAGGGCGACUGCAGAGGACCGCCAACCGCCGGUGACGAAUCAAAGCCCACCUUCUGCCACUCCCGCGAUGGUCGCCCGAGCUCUUGAGGCAUCGCUGGCAGCAGUGGGUUGGCAGCACCUGAAGGUGGAGGUCCUUCCGUCGCCAGAUCCAGCCGUUGCCGCAGUAGCAGUGAAGAUCUCCGGCGCCGAGUUCCUUCUCAGGCUUGAGCAGAUCGGACAAUCGGAGGGCGAGGGUGUGAGGUCCCUGUGUCUGCUGGCUUCCGGUGAUGGGGGCACCAACUGGGAGGCUCUGGAAAGCCUCUUGCGAAGAAAGCGGUUGCACAAGGUGGUGAGGGCAGCGCCGAUCGCGACGCGGACCGUGGAGUUUGCGCCAGAGGAGGCUUUCUAUUCAUGA